UUUUGAAGUGAAGUGACGCGGUUCCGGAAUCCGAUUUGUUGUUGAUAUUUAUUUGAUUAUCUUUCAACAAUUUUCCGAGUUCCUGCAGUUAAAUUUGUCACUCCCUUCGUAAUUAGUGCCGACUCUGCCAUUCUGUAGCUGACCAAUGUCUCCCGUGUAGUUAAAAAUCUAUAAUCAUGGCAUCAGUGACGAUGCAGAGAGAUCUUGUAGUGAACCUGAAAAGGGAGACUUUUUCAAAUGUGGGGAUCCUCAGCAAGCUGCAGCAGAUGCCUUCAGACCUAUCAAGGCAGGUUUUCAAAGAGAAUGCGCUCGAAAAGCCCACACAGAACGUGUUCAACCAUUUAUCUUAUUACUUGGUGUCAAUCAUCGAUCCGCAGGUUUGCGACAAGUUUUCGUGGCCUUUAUAUGAUACGAAGACCGAGAGAACGUAUAGGGGGCAGUUGUCUGCGUUUAUAAACGAUUAUAGCUCUAAAGGACUGGUGGCUCCGGUUAUGUCGUCGUAUCUGGUGAAUCCAGGAUGCUACAAGGUCACCAUGCUGAUUUUCCAGUUGUCCCAGCUUGCGGUACAGCGAUUGCUUGUGUCUAAAAUGAAUAAUAAACAGAAAGAUUUGUACAGCACCAUGACAGACAGAUACAAGAACAGUUCUGAAGAAUUUCUUGAAGUUGUUGAGAAGGAAACACACUACAUGAAAAGUAAAUUCUCCAAUUACUUGCGCAAAAGAGAAGCUAUGGAAAAAAUGGCUGCUAUAUUCCGUGAGAGAAUCACUUCAAUGGAAAAGGUAUUAUCUGAAACGAAAGCCCAGGAAUAUAUCAACAACUUAGUUGACGGUUACAUCAGCCAAAGAGAUUUUGAUGAAAAUACCAAAAAUGAGUUGCUGAAAAUUAAAAACGUAAACGUACCAGCUCCUAUUUUCAAUGACUGGUUAUUGUACGUUGAUGAACAAAUGAAAGAACUGGAGUGCAAGUGGACAGAGAAAGUGUGUCCGUUCCUAAAAAUAUGUAUGGAGACUCGUGAUAGUACAGAGGCGUUAAUAGCUAGAUGUACGGGGGAGGCAGACCGCAGCUCUUUUAUGGUAGAGUAUAACCACAAAACGGAUGAAAUCGACACGAAAGAGUUGCAAAGUCAAGUGAAUAGUCAGCAAAAGUAUAUUUUAAUGAACAUUGUGCGAGAUGAGAAGCUCUACUUUCCUAAUUUGGUUCGAAGCUUUUUAAUAUCAAUAUGCUACAUACUCAAGGAUACAGAAAUUGAUGAUGAUAUUUUCAAGUUCAACAAAUAUUUGGAGAGUGGACGCAGAGAUUUUAAUGAAGUUGUGUCAGCGAUGAGGAUACUCAAUAACCGAGUAUUGAAUGCAGAAGCUAGACUAGAGCCAUCGCCGACGCUGUUAGAUCAGUCAUCAAUAUCAAUCAAGGAGUAUGAAAUACCACCACUGCCAGACCUCUCUGAUCUGAAAGCUACAAGAGAGCAUCCAAGCCUUCACUUCAACACCUUCACACCGAUCAGUAUGUCCAAACACCAGUUCAACUUACGUAGAAAGCAUAAUUCGUUUAGUUACUCAACAAAAUCAAACUACCAAACAAAUCAACCCAAAUCGAUGUUCGCGACGCCAUUCCAACCAGGGCCUCGUGACGACUUCCUGAAGAAUCUCUCUUGCCGUGUCAGUUCCUAUUGCCCUGAUGUCAGCCAAAACUUCCACAAUCUAUCAGUCAUAUCACAAGUAAAUCCUCGUGGCAAUGAAACAAUAGCUGAAUGUUCAGGGUUCACGAAACAACAAAUAAUGAGGCUUUUAUCCACCAAAAAGUCUAGCAGCUCGAAGAAAAUGAAGCAAAAGAUGGAGAGGCCAAGUUUGAACGUCAAAAAGGGUGGUUUGUUCAAUGAAUCCAGUACAUCGAACGAGAGCAAUGGAUUAUUCCGAAGCUACUCAUCCCCAAAUCUUUUUGAGAACAGAGAAAAGAGGUCCUUCACUAAAUCAGGUAAAAGGAAGCUGUCGAUUAUGCCUGAAGAUUGUCCUUCGCUUCUUGAAGUAUCUGGCAUUGCAGCGUUAGAGAAAGAUGACAUGUUUGGCACCCCUGAAGGAAUUCCACAUUUAGAGAACUCCAGGAAACUAAUGGAUGCUACCAGUUUACCUGUAAUAUGCAUCACACCAGAUAUUGAAUCAAAAACUAAAGAUCCAUCUGCAGAAAAGGUGAUAGAUUUCAAUAAAGUUAUUGAGGCAGAUUUAUCUGAUAUAGAGCCAGUAUUAAAAGAGCCUAAGAAAAGUUUUGAGACUAAAGUGGAGGAAUUAAAGACUGAAACACCUAAGAAUACCAGCCAGCUUAUAAGGAAAACGAGUUCGUUGGAAAAAAUCAUCAAUAGGUUUAAGAAAGUUCGCGCGAAUGUGCUGCCAUCUGAUAGCAACGAUGAGGCUGGAGAGUUUAAGACUAUUGUUGAAGAGAAGGAGAAUACGAACUCGGUCAACGUUGAUGUAUUCACAGCAAACAAGAUUCUAUUGCCUGAUCUGUUAAGUCCAAGUUGCAGUGCUCUGUCCAUCAAGUCUACGGACUAUUUAGACCAGUUUUGUAUGGAAUUAGAAGAGAGGGAGCAAAGAAAACCGCGUCAAAGUCUUGGAACAGCGCUGGGCGUUGAUAACACGUUCUUAGAUCAAUUUGAUUUGAUAGAUUAACAUUAUCAUUGAAUUACUAUUACACACUACCUAUUACUAUUUUAAGCAAUGAUAGUUGCUGCAGUUAGUACCUAUACAUAUAAUUAGAUGUUGCAGCAUGCAUAUUUUUGAACUAUUAUUAUUAACAAUAAAAUGCAUAAUUUAAUGCACUGUACUGUUUCUAAAAAGAAUUAUGUAGCAAGAAAUACUAAUAUUUUUACUAAUUCAUGUAUUCAACUAACUCAUGUUAAGUGCCUAAUGUAUCCAAAUAUAUAUUUUUAAACAUUUUUCAUUAUCAUCGAUAAAUUAUUUUCAUAACUCAUAUUAACAUCAUUAUGUUAUUUCUUGUUGUUAAAGAAAAGUAUUUGUAUAGUAAAUUGUUAUUUUUGUGCUGUAAAUA